AUGCAGCGUCCUCUUAUCUUUGGCAUGGUACACCUGCGUGCGCUGCCAGGUGCGCCCCGAAAUAAACUUACCGUCCGCCAGAUAGCCGACAAAGCGCUCCAAGAGAACAUGCAUGAUGUCCCAUAUCAGAGGCCGGAACAUCGGAACCCGGAAGUAACUGCCAUAAUGGCGGCGAUCGCGCAGCAAUUCAGAUCCCAGUUUCCCACAGUCACCGCUGGAGUGCAAGUCCUAAGCUGCGGAAAUAAAGAAGCUCUGUCUAUAGCCCUCGCCGCGGAUCUAGAUUUUAUCAGAUGCGAAUCGUUUGUCUUCGGACAUAUCGGCGACGAGGGCUUUGCGCAGUCGGAUGCAGCGGAACUGCUUAGGUAUAGACGCAACAUAGGAGCAGACAAUAUUAAGAUCUUCACAGACAUCAAAAAGAAACACUCAUCGCAUGCUAUAACAGGAGAUCUUUCAAUAGCGGACGUAGCUGUAGCUGCAGAUUUCUUUCUAACUGAUGGCCUGAUAGUCACCGGGCAGCAUACAGGCACACCAGUGGAGAAGAACGAUAUCACUCAAGUGCGCGCAUCAGUGAACCAGAAGGUUUUUAUCGGCUCUGGUACUAGCGCCAAGAAUAUUCUCCACUAUGCUGAGUCGGUUGAUGGAUUCAUCAUUGGCUCUGAGUUCAAGGAACACGGAUAUUGGGAAAACGAAAUCGACCCGAAGAGGGUCAAAGAAAUCACUUCACUUCUUUCCUCAAAAUACUAA